AUGAGUGUUUCAAGAAGAACAUUGUCACUUAGUGCUAAUGCUAAAGCAGUAUCAGGAAGUAAAUUUAAAAAUAUUUAUGGAGAAACAUGGAAUGCAAAUACAUGGAUAAGAAAUGUACAUCCAAAUAUAGGAAAUGAACCAAUUAUUCAAGUGUCUAGUAAAUUUUAUGGAAUUCCAUGGAAGUCAAGUGGAGAUGGAUUAAUGUAUGUAGGAAUAAUGAAUAAAGCAGAAAGAAUAAGUGAUAAACCAUAUCUUAUUAAAGCACAUAAUCAACAAAUAACAACAUUUGAAUUUUCACCAUUUCAUGAAAGAAUGCUUUGCACUGGGUCUCGAGAUUGUAGUAUUAAAAUAUGGGAUAUUAUGCCAGAUGGAUUAACAAGUGAUAUGAGUGAAGCAAAAGUUAGUAUUCAAGAAGAAAAACGAAUUACUAAUGUUACAUUUCAUCCAUAUGCAGAUAAUUUACUUGCAAGUAGUUGUAUGGAUGGAACAGUUAAAGUUUAUGAUAUUACGGAACCUAAUGAAGAAGUAAUUAAAGUAAAUAAUGGAUCCGCAGAAGUAUUAACAUUAAAUUGGGAAGGAUGUUAUGGAGAAAACUUUAUGACAAUUUCUAAAGAUUUUAUGUAUAGACUUUAUGAUCCAAGAGUAUCAAGUGAAGCAAUUACAAGUUAUGGAGUUGCAGAAACAGUAAAAGGAUUAAAAGGAGUAUUUAUUGAAGGAAGUGAAUAUAUUGUAGUUAGUGGAUUUAGUAAAAAAGGAGAAAGAACAAUAAGUUUAUUUGAUCAAAGAAAACAAGGAAUUAUUAGUAAAAGUAUUAUUGAUAAUCAACCAUCACCAUUAAGCAUUUAUUAUGAUAAUAAUAAUAAUUUAAUUUAUCUUACAGGAAGAGGAAAUCAAAUAUUUACAUAUGAAGUUCAAGGAACGAAUUUAGUUAAUUUAGGAAAAACAAAUAUUCAAGAAGGAAUAUUUGGAAGUGCAUUUGUACCACAAAGACUAUAUGAUGUUAAAAAAUGUGAAAUAGGAAGAUUUGUUUUACUAAAUAAUAAAUGUGAUACAUUAUACAAUGUUUCAUUUAGUUUACCUAGAAAAGAAGGGAAAACAAUUUAUCAAGAAGAUUUAUAUGAAAAUGUAUUUAGUGGAGUUCCAGAAUAUACAGCAAGAGAAUGGCUUAUUCCACAAACACAAGAAGAUAAUACUAAGAAAAGAAGAUCUAGUCAACAAGGAGGAAGUAAAAGAAAUUCUAGAAGAAGAAGUAGUGUUUCAUUAAAACCAGAAGAUAUGAAAAGUAUUUAUGAAAUUGGAAUUGAAGAAGGAGGUAAAAGUAAAAUACAAGAAAAAUUAGAAAAAUAUAAUUUAACACAAGGGAAAAAAAUGAAAAAGUUAAAAUUAAGUGGAGGAAUUGAAGAAAUAGAAAGAGGAUGGAUAUGGAAUAGUUAUAUUAAGAGAUGGUGUGAAAUGAAUGAGAAAUAUGUAAUGAUAUUUAAUAAUAGAGAUGAUCCAGUUCCAACAAUUAUUAUUAAUAUAAUAAAAAUUACAGGAUUUAAUAGAACUGAAGAAAUUGAAGGGAAAGUUGGAAUUGUUAUUGAUAUUGAUGAAGAAAGUGAUGAAGUAAUAAAAGGAAAACUCAAAAAGAAAUAUGUUUAUUUUGUUAAUAGUCAAAAAGAAGCCGAAGAAUGGCAAACAACAUUUGAAAUUCUUCAAGAAAAUGCAGAAGAAAUAGAAGAAGAAAAACAAGAAACAAAAGAAACAAAAGAAGAAGAAAAAACACAAAGAGAAAUAGAAGGAUUAUUAUAUUGUAUUAAACCAACAAUGUUUAGUACAAUUAAACAUAGAUAUUUUUAUAUUGAAAAAGGAAUAUUAUAUAGUCAAAAUAUUACAUGGUGGACAGAAGAAGCAACAGGAAAUAGUGAAAUGGAAUGUUUCUUAAAUCGAGUAAUUCAUUUAAGUAAAACUGAAGGGAUUUUCCCUAAAUCAUAUGGAAAAAAUACAUUCCAAUUAACAAGUAAAGGAAAUGUUAUUCAUUUAGCAUGUAAAAAUGAAGAAGAAUUAGAGAAAUGGAUGAAUGCAUGUACACCAAAUAAUUUAAAAGGAGAAGAAGCUGAUGAAGAAUUAGAAGAUUUCCGAAGAACACCAGCACAAGAUGAAAUGGAAUAUUAUUUUAAAGGAAUAUUUGGAGGAUAUUCAAAAAUCAUUUUUACAUUAGUUGCAAAUGAAAUAUUUAUUUUUAAGAAUCGAACGGACAGUACUCCAAUAGUAAAAAUAUAUUUAAAAGAUAUUGAAAAUAUUGAUAUUAAUGAAGAUAAAGGAGAAAUGAGUAUUGAAAUGAAAGAAAAAGGAAUUAAACAUGAAUUUAAAACAGAAGAAUGUAAAGCAUGGAAAGAAGAAAUUAUGGAAAGAAAGAAAAGAACAAGAGAUAUAAUGAAUGAACUUGGAAUUAGAGGAAAUAUUUUAACUAAUGACAAUGAACUUAAUGAAGAAUAUAUUCAAGAACAAUCCAAUUUAGGAGAAGAAUAUUUUACAGACUUUAAAAAAUUAAUAGAAGGAGAACCUACACUUCUCAUUCAAAUUAAAGGAAGAAGAAGAUUAAGAUCAUAUGUUAUUGAAUUAAAACAAAAAGAAUUAAAUCCAUGGAAUUCAUAUGUUUUACUUUGUAAAGAAGGGAUUUAUGUUUGGAGAGGACAAUAUUCACCUAAAGUUAAUAGAUCUAAAGCAGAAGAAUUAGCAAGGAGAAUUUCAGAAAAAGAACGAGACAAAUGUAAAGUUAUAUUAUUAACACAUGGAAAAGAUGAUAGAGAAUCAGAUAUGUGGAAAAAAAUUGGAUGUCAACCAACAAAAUUUAAUCUAGAUAAUAAAGAAGAAAAAGAAGGAAAUAAUAAAAGUACAGAAGAACAAGAUAAAGAAGAACCAGAAAUAAUCCGAAUAUAUAGAAUAAUUCAUAAUGAAAAGAAUGAAAAAAAUCCAUUAAGUGUUAGAAUGAUUUAUGAACAUGGAAAUACAACAUUACCACCAAAAGAAAUAUUAAAAGAAGGAACAGUUAAUAUUAUUAGUACAAGCACCGAAAUCUAUGUAUGGCAAAGUGUAACAUCAACAAUUAAUUGUAGGAAAAUAGGAAAUAUUAUUGGGAAUGAACUUAGAAAAAGAAAUAAACCAAUACUUAUGGUAAAAAUUAAUCAAAAUGGAGAAAAUAUAUUAUUUAAAGAAAAGUUUAGUAAUUAUCCAGGAACAUUACCAAUUCAAAUGGGAGGAAUUGAAAAUAAAAAAAUGACUAAAGAAGUUGAACAUAAACCACAAAAGAAAAUAGAAACAAUGAUUUUAGAAAUGAAAGAAAAGAAAAUAAGAAAUUUUACAGAAAUAAUAUUAAAUGUUAAUGGAAAAAUGAUAUUUAAUAAUCUUAAAGAAGGAACAUAUAUCAUUAAAAGAAUUGAAGAACAUAAUACAGUUGAAUAUCCAAAAGAAUUAUAUGGACAUUUCUUUAGUAAAGAAGCAUUUUUAAUUCAAUAUACAUUUUAUCCAGAAGGAAGUGAAAAAGCUCAACAUAUUCUUUAUUUUUGGCAAGGAAGAGAUGCAUCAUUAAUGGAUAUGGGAACAUUAGCACAUAAAGUUGUUGAAACAAGUGGUACAGUUGAAACAUCAGUUCAAGUUAGAGUUGUACAAGGAAAAGAACCAAAAGAAUUUUUAAAAAUCUUUAAAGGGAAAUUUAUUGUUCAUUUAGGAGGAUAUAGUGAAUAUUAUGAUAAAAGACCAGAAAUAUAUGAAAUUAGAGGAAGAGAAGAAUAUCUUUGUAAAGCAGUUCAAAUGCCAAUUAGUUAUCAAUUAGAAGAAAAAGGAAAAGGAAUGAAAUUAAUGCCAGGAAGUAUUUAUCUAUUUAAAACAAUAAAAGGAAUUGAAGUUAUUGAAGGAAAAGAUAGUAAUGAAGAAGAAAAGAAAAUGGUAAAAAUGAUGGAACAAGAAUUUCAAUUACCUUUAAGUUAUAAACAAGAAAUAUGUAAGAAAAUUAUUGGAGGAAAUAUUGAAUUUAUAGAAGGAGUAGAAAAAAGUAAAGAAAAUUAUCAUCAAAUUAGAUUAUUUAAAUUUACAUUUUGGGUAACAUCAGUUGAUAUUGAAGAAAUUGAACAACCAAGUCAAAAUGAUUUUAAUAAAGAAGAUGUAUUUUUAGUUGAUGCAGGAAAGUUAUGGUUAUGGUUUGGAAGUAAAGCAAUCAAUGAAACAAAAAGAUUUUCAUUACAAUUUUCAUUAAAAUGUGCAGAAGAACGAGGACUUAAAGAAGUUAAAAUUGAACAAGAAAAUGAAGAAAGUAUGGAAUUUAGAGCAUUAUUUGAAGCAUGGAGUGAUACGAAUUUAUUAAGGAAAAAUAAUUUAAGACAAAAUUAUCCAGUUUGUCAAAAGAAAGAAAUUGAACUAAUAACACAAGUAAUUGAUGGAACAUUUAAUGAAAUAGACCCAGCACUUAAAAAUGAAAUAAGUGUUGAAGGAAAAAGAGUUCGAUCUAUUAAAAAUCCUAGUGAAGCAAUUGAAAUAGAUGGAAUUGAAGUUGACCAAAGUAUUAUUUUCCCAAGAAUUGAAAAAAGAAGUAAAGUUACAGAAAUGGAUGCUAAAGAAAUGUUUGAUGAAUAUUGUAGAACAAGAUAUACAUAUGCCGAAUUAAUAACAAAACCAAGACCAUUUGGAGUAGACAAAAGUAUUCUUGAAACAUAUUUAUCUGAUGAAGAAUUCCAAGAAGUUUUUGGAGUUUCAAGAGAAGAGUUUUAUAAAAUGAAACCAUGGUGUAGAGAUAAGUUAAAACACUCAGUUUAUCUCUAUUAA